GCAAUGCCAUUGGCCACUUUGAAGACCCUCCCCAGGGUUCUCCGGGCAGUAGGAUCAGAACCCGAGUGGGAGGAACGUGAGGAACCUGAGUGGGAGCCACAGCACGAGCAUGAAGCAGCCUCAGGCCCCGUCGCCCAUCCACACCACCCAAGCCACAACUUUGACCACAUGAAGAACAAGUUCAUGAAUGAACAGGGCAAGCUGCCAAACCACAGUCAUAAGAUGCCCGCUUGGGCCGUCGGUGCCAUGGUCAUGCUGUUUCUUGCUCUGCUGGGUUGCUGCGCAUUCUGCAUUGUCAAGAAAUGUAUCGGCAAGAAGAAGAAAGCCAAAAAAGCACGAGAGAGGAAAACAGGACAGCGUCGAAGGAAAGGUGCCGAGGGUGAAGGAGAGGAAGCGAAGGAGGAAGUAGAGAAGGAAGGGAAGGAAGAGAAGGAGCGCGAGAACCUGGGAAAGCUGGAGUUUACCCUGGAUUAUAAUUUUACUGAUAAUCAGCUGAUUGUGGGCAUCCUGCAAGCUCAGGAUUUGGCUGCGAUGGACAUGGGCGGCACCUCGGACCCCUAUGUCAAAGUCUACAUGCUUCCUGAUAAGAAAAAGAAGUUUGAAACUAAGGUCCAACGCAAGAAUCUGAGCCCAGUCUUUAACGAAACCUUCACCUUUAAGAUCCCCUAUGCGGAGCUGGGUGGGAAGACGUUGGUACUGCAGGUCUAUGACUUUGACCGUUUCUCAAAGCAUGAUGCAAUCGGCGAGGUCAAGAUCCCCAUGAACACUGUGGACCUGGGGCGCCCCAUGCAUGAAUGGAGGGAUUUAGAGAAUGGAGAGAAAGAGGAGCAAGAGAAGCUCGGUGAUAUCUGCAUCUCCCUACGUUACGUUCCCACUGCUGGCAAACUCACCGUGUGUGUGAUGGAGGCCAAAAACCUCAAGAAGAUGGAUGUUGGCGGUUUGUCAGACCCCUUUGUCAAGAUUGUACUACAACAUAACAGGAAGAGGCUGAAGAAGAAGAAGACGACAGUGAAGAAGAACACCCUCAACCCCUACUUCAAUGAGAGCUUCAGCUUUGAGAUCCCUUUUGAGCAGAUACAGAAAGUGCAGGUUGUGAUAACUGUGUAUGACUACGACAAACUGGGAAGCAAUGACGCCAUUGGCAAGACCUUCAUUGGCUACGGCGCUUCGGGGGCAGGGCUCCGUCAAUGGUCAGAGAUGUUGGCCAAUCCCCGACGCCCGGUGGCUCAGUGGCACACUCUGAUGCCAGAGGAGGAGGUAGACGCAGCGCUGAAGGGGCCUCAUCGCUGACAUGUCACCGUGAAAGUGUAGGGUAGCUCCAUUGCUAACAUGCCGACAGCUUAAACGGUAAUCCUAACCUAUGGUAACCAUCACUCUUUACAAAACAAGUUGCUAGUCCAUAUGCGACUUGACUCAUU